GACGGUCGGACUCGGAGCGGAAACGUCCGGGAGGAGCAGCAGAAUGUUGGAGUUUAACAGAGUUUGGGGUUUUCUUUUGGUCUCCGCAGUUUCCGCUUUUGUCGCCGUUCACGCGCAGACGGCGGCGCCCGCUCUGACUUCUUGUGCCUCCAGAUCCAACACCAGCUGUGAUGACUGUCUGAAAAAUGUGACCUGUUUGUGGUGCCAGACUAAUAAACGGUGCAUUGAUUACCCUGUGAGGACCAUCUUGCCCCCUGCCAGUGUGUGUCCGCUGUCCGAGGCACGGUGGGGACUAUGCUGGGUAAAUUUCCAGACCUUGAUCAUUGCCAUGUCAGUGAUUGCUGGUGUCAUUGUUAUUUCCGUCCUCGUUUGCUGCUUCUGCUGCUGCAAAUGUGAGAAAAUUGGGAACAAAAAAGAAGAUGCAAGAGUGGAGAGACAAGAUCGUGUAAGGAAAGCUCGUCAAGAAGAAAGGAGAACAGAGAUGAAGCUGAGACAUGAUGAAAUCAGGCAGAAAUACGGUCUGGCACAGGGCAAUCCUUAUUCUCGGAUGAAAGAUAAUUAGGGAGAAGAAUCUCAGGGACAUUGUAUAUUUUUAAUUCUUUCUCAUUGUCUUAUCAGUGCCAGCGAUAUCAGUACGGCUUUUCCUUGUUGGGGAUGGCUGCAGAAGCAGCAGGUGAUUAACUGUAAUGAUCUCUUUUUAGUGUUAGCCAAAGAAUGUGACCGAGAGGGUUGGAAGUCAGCUUGACUGAGUAUACACUCCGUUUUAAAUUUGUCAUUUAUCUUAUCUGAUGACAUAUAUUCACACAUGUUGUGUUGAUAACUUUUAAAUCUAAUGUUAUGGGAUGUUUGUGUUGUUUUCCCAUCCGUUUUACUUUGUAUUACCUUACGAGAUUCAGUGCUGAGCUGUUCACUAAUAGUUUAAAUGCAAUAGGUGAACGUAGCAGCGCGGUGCUUGUUUUCUUUGUUACACUGGAGCCUCGGCAUAAAAGCAAACCUGUCAUCAAAUAGCAUGGGCAAACACAUGCUCACAUUACUUCUAUUGAUUUGCAUAAAUCUAAUUUAUAUAUUUCACUUUUGCCACAACAUUUCAGUCUUUGUACUGCAUCAGUUUCAUUGGAAGCAGUUUGUUUCAAGUCAUUGUUUUACUGAUAUAUACCAGGUGUGUUACUCAUACCAGGUGUUUUCAUCCAAUGUCAAUUGUGAAAAAUAUCCAUGUAUUUUUUAUGCUUUUGUAACAUAUAAACCCUAUUAAA